AUGGCUGAUUCGCGAGUUCAAGUGAACAUGUCACAUAAAACUCGCUUUGCUUCGAAAUCGUCUCGCAAUGUUCACAAAGUUCCUCUCAAAGACAAGAGCAAGAUUGCAAAAUCCGAACACAAUGUAGCUAAAGGAGCUCGAGCAGCUCGAAUUCAGCGCAAUAAGAUGAUGAGGGAGCAGAAACGAGCAGCCCUUUUGAAAGAGAAACGGGCCUCCAGUGGAUCAACUAGUCCUCCACGUGUUAUUGUGAGCAUCUCGUUACGUAGUGUUUCUGUUUAUGACAAUGAGGUACUUUUUGGCCUUUCUGCUCUCGUGAACCUGAAUGCACUUGAAGAAGAUCUGUUGGCAUUAUUAUCAGAAGUGGGAACUGGCAUUGUGUUUCCUGCAGUUGCUUCAUCCGAGUACAAGCUGAGAACUACGUUAGGCUUUAUUAGUCUUUAUCUCUCAUGUACCUUUCAUUUGAAGAUCUAUUUUAUUGGAUCGAAGUUAUGGAUGAUAGAAGGAUGUGAAGGCUUGGAGGUCCUGAAGGCACCUCAUGGUGAUUUGUUGGCAUGCAUGGAAAUGGCCAAGGAUCUACCCAUCGACUUGAAGAGAAGACAUGAUUUGAAGAAGACAUGUACUUCUAUCCUGGCUUCUGAAUUUCCUCAGGACUCUAAGUUUUAUGCUGCAGAUACAAAGGAUGAGUUACAUAAGUUCAUGUGGCUUUUCAAAGAGCACAGGCUUACAGUUCCUCAUCAGCAUAACCAGCGGGCUUACCUAAUGGCUCAAAGGGUUGAUUUCGUACCCAAUGAUUGCAAUUCUGAAACAUGUACCCUCGUCCUCACUGGUUAUCUCUGUGCUCGCAAUCUUGCAGUAGAUCAGCUGGUUCAUGUUUCAGGUGCUGGGGAUUUUCAAAUGUGCAAAAUUGAACUUCUCAAGGAUCCAUGUCCUUUGAAUGCAAGAAAAGGGGACUUCAUGGAUUCAGACGAAGUACAUGAUGUACAGGUCAUCACUGCCCUAAACCCUGAUCCUUUGAAGCAAGAACCUUUGCUUAUUGAAAAUGUUCCCGAUCCUCUGGCAGGAGACCAGACAUGGCCAACAGAGGCAGAAAUGGCAGAAGCCGAUAGAAUUCACAAAGAGAAAAAGCUGAAAAAGAGGACUCUUCCCUGCGGCACUUCUGAAUACCAGGCUGCUUGGAUUGUGGAUGAUUCAGACAUGGAUGAUUCUUAUGGUGAUGAUGAUGCAGAUGAUGUUGGUAUGGUACUGGAUUCCAGAGAGAGUGGUAAUCCGGGCCAAGAAGGCAAUUUUGAGUUGGAUCUUGUUGAUGACCAAGCGUCUCUUAUACUCAACAGGGAAUCAGAUGAAGAAACUGAAGUUGAGUCUGUGAUGAUGGAGGGUGAUAAAAUGACAAAGGAGCAGAUAGAGGAUGAGAUUCGAAAAAUCAAAGAUGAGCAUGCUAAAGAUGAAGGUGCUUCUCUUUUCAGAUGGCUAAUCUUUGUUCUUCUGGAGCCAUUAGCAGAAUCUCUACCUCUAGAAUAUGCCAGAAUUUUUGCAUUUGAUAAUUUCGCAAGAACACAGAAACAUGUCCUUGCUAAAGCUCUAGAAAUGGAGCAAGGGAGCAUGGAUGAAUGUAUACCGGCAGGCUCUUAUGCAAGAAUUCAUAUUAAGGAAUUUCCACAUGCUGUUGUUUCCAAAUUAUGUGAGCUUGCAAAGACAAUGCCUGUAACUACAUGCGGCCUCCUGCAACACGAGUCCCAAGGUUUCUGUCCUUCACUUCAGUUACCUCAACGAGUUUCAAAAUUGAAAGCCUCAGUAAAAUAUAUGUUUCAUAAUCCAGAAGAUGUGAAAUGGUUCAAGCCGGUGGAAAUCUGGACGAAAUGCAGACGCCGUGGUCGCAUUAAGGAACCUGUUGGUACACAUGGUAUGUUGCUUAUAUCUUUGCAAACCGAAUAG